AUGGUCAGUUGGCAUUUCUUGCAGUAAGAAGAUCCUUCCCGCUGACCAUCAUCCCUUCUCGCCGACCUCAUCGCCCGUGUGCAGGCUCUCAUGCACGACCCUCCUGAUCCUGUUCCUCGGCCUGUCCUCGCAAAUCUACAUCAUCAUCCCGUGGCCUUCGUUGAGCUCGGAAGCAAAGUGGCGUACCUUGUUCCCCUUCAAUGUGCUCUUGGCUCUGUUGUUGUACAACUACUAUCUCUGCAUCACCGUCGACCCCGGGAGGGUCCCCGUCGAUUGGGUCAGUCGUUCACCUCUCCUUGGAGCCGUCUCGUGCGACAUGGACUCAGGCCUUCUUUUCGCUCGUGCACAGCGUCCCAAUCACCUUGAGCCAAUGCAAGUCAAGUCACUGACAAGAACACCUCGAUACUGUCGAACCUGCAAAGGUGACCACCCCUUUUCCCCCAUCUACCUCUCCUCGCGCGCCUCGCUGACCCCCCCGCCCCCACUUUAUGGGGACCCCAAACUCAUCAGCCUACAAACCUCCCCGAGCGCACCACUGCAAGAAAUGCAAGCGCUGCGUCCUCAAAAUGGACCACCACUGCCCCUGGGUCAACAACUGCGUCGGCCACCACAACUAUCCCCACUUCCUGCGCUUCCUCAUCUACGUCGACCUCGCCACGGCGUGGCAUCUCAUCAUGCUGUCGCGCAGGGUCUUUUACGGCAAUCAAUGGGUCGAUUAUACUGAUCACGAGAUGACGAAGGGGUUCUUGAUUCUUUUGGUGAUGAACUAUGUGCUGUGUCUACCGACUUUCAUUGCUGUUGGCAGUUGAGUACCCGCCUUGCUCUCUUCGAACUUCACGAAGCGAAAAUCCGGCUUGGCUUUCGGCUUCGGCAUGGCUGACGCUUUUGAUCUGCUCCUGUGCCUCCAGUAUUCUCGCUCUAUCACUUGUGGUGUCUCGCAUCCAAUACGACAACGAUCGAAUCGUGGGAAAAGGAAAAGGUGGCAACGUUGCAACGAAGGGGCCGGAUAGGGCAGGCACGUCACUGAAACUGAGCUCCAUGGACGAGUGAGCCAGGCUAAAUCGCGAUUCCCCUUCGUCGACAGUUCAAAUACCCCUACCAUCUUUCUUUCAUCAAGAACAUCCAAGCCGUGCUCGGAUCGAAUCCGUUGCUAUGGCUCGUGCCAGGUCAAAAAGCACCAGGCGACGGGCUUAAGUACAAAGUUGGCAAAGAAGUUGGUGGGUCCACGAAUCAAUCAUCGGGGCACGAAAAACGCUUUGUAAGAGGAAGAGACUUACCAAAUGACUAUUUCGUAAUCCACAAGAGCAAGACUCGCAAUAUCUUUGGCCACCUAAAGAUCCCUAUCUCCCGUCCUCGUCGACCUCUCUCCAUCGGGAUCAGGUGAACGACCCUUCACAAGCCUUCACUUAUGGUGCCGAAGCCUUGAACCCGACCCUUUCCUCGCAACUUCAUCAGAGGAAGCGAAAGCUUGUCAAGUCCGAUCGAGCGCCUUACGAACAAUCGUCGGGUGUGGACGACGACGACGACGACGAUCAUACGGCGCUCGACAUCGACGAAGGGGAAGAAGACGACAUUCCACUUGCCACCCUCAGAGCUGAUCAGACCAACGGCAGGGUUCGAUUGCGAAGAGGAUCAGAAGGUUACGAAGUUCGACCUCGAGGGCCAUGGGGGAUGGAUGACCCAGGCCUCACGAGCCGAUUAACGGACCAGACGGUGGGGUUCGAACGACCGCGAGAAUUGGACGAGUGGCAAGGCUUGGAUUCGAGUGAUGGGAGGUAUAGAGUUUAUAGGCCUGGAGACGAGGAAGCGGAGGGGAAGCGGACGGAUAGCUCGGAGGAUGAUAGUGGGAGUGGGUGGAGUAGUGAGCAGAGUGCGGAUUGA